AUGGACAAGCCUAUGGCAUUCUGUAUCGAAGCAGUCACUAAUGUCACGAACGAUCUAAAGCAACAUGAAAAAGAAACCCUUCUUGUUAUUGGAGUUUUCAACUCUGUGUUAGCUGUACCAACAGCCGCUGCUAAUGCUCUGGUUAUCGUGGCCAUUCUGACGACGUCUUCUUUACGAACACCGUCGUAUCUUUUGCUGACAAGUCUCGCUUUCAGUGAUCUUGCAGUAGGACUUCUUGGGCAACCUGUGUUUUCCGCCACGAUAUUUUUGUAUAUGAACAGGAAAGCAAGAAUGUAUUGUCAUAUUCGUAUGAUAGCUGGUUCGCUGAUGGCUGUGCUUAGUAUUGCCGUGUUAUUUACUAUGUUGGGUAUCAGUGUGGACAGAUACUUGGCCAUACGGCUUAAGUUAAAGUACAAAACUUUGGUGACAUUGCGAAGGAUAAGAUUCUUUUUGGUCGGAGUGUGGGCCCUUACACCCGUGCUAAUGUCUCUUUCUUAUUUUAUAUCAUUAGGAAUUAUGAGUUUUUUGGGGGCUAUUACUGUUGCAAUUUGCUUGUUUGUUAUCCUCUAUUGCUAUAUCAUGUCAUUUAGGACACUCAAAAUCUAUUGCGCCCAGAUCCAAACACAGGGUAAUCAACAACCCAACGAGACAUCAAAUUCCAGUGACAUCAAUGUUCGUAAGUACAAAAAACUAUUGAAAACAAUGUUACUGGUUCUUGCAAUAACGGGAGUUUUCUGCAUCCCCCUCUUGGGCGCGAUGGCUAUGUUUACCAAGGCAGUUUUAAAUAGAAACGUUGCGUGGGUGUGUUUAAGAAUCAGUACAUUAAACUCGACGUUAAACCCAGUUAUUUAUUUCACACGAAUGAAAGAUCUGAGACAAGCUUGUAUAAGGAUACUUAGAAAGAUGUUAAGACUCUCUGAGUCAGUUCCUUCUCAAGAACGUGGGCAGUGA